AGUUCCAGCCUUCAUAGGGGAAGCUUCUUUAUGAUGUCAUCAGGAGACUCAGAGCCUACUAGACUGCCUGUUUUGAUGGUUGAGCAUAACCUUAAGCCUGAAUGUUUAACACCUUGAUGGGAAAGGUGUCUCAUGGAAUGUUUUCUCAUUCCUUGGAGCACUCUUUAUUUCAGAAGCUUUGCUUCUGCUGCAAUCAAACAUGUCACUUACCGUUCUGAGUAGAAGACAGAAAGAAAAAGUAAUCCGCAGACUGCUAAUACAGGCUCCUCCAGGGGAAUUUGUAAAUGCCUUUGAUGAUCUCUGUCUGCUUAUCCGUGAUGAAAAACUUAUGCACCAUCAAGGUGAGUGUGCAGGCCACCAACAUUGCCAAAAAUAUUCUGUACCACUCUGCAUCGAUGGCAAUCCAGUACUCCUGUCUCACCACAAUGUAGUGGGGGACUACCGAUUUUUUGACUAUCAAAGCAAACUUUCUUUCAAGUUUGACCUGCUUCAAAAUCAGUUAAAAGACAUCCAAAGUCACGGUAUCAUUCGGAAUGAGACAGAAUACCUGAGAACUGUUGUUCUGUGUGCCUUGAAACUGUACGUGAAUGAUCACUUUCCACGUGGAAAUUGCAACGUGUUGAGAAAAACUGUGAAAAAUAAGGAGUUCUUGAUAGCAUGCAUUGAAGAUCACAACUACGAAUCGGGAGAUUACUGGAACGCCCUUUGGAAAUCUAAGUGGAUUUUCCAAAUAAAUCCAUUUCUGACCCAAGUAACAGGAAGAAUUUUUGUGCAAGCUCACUAUUUCAGGUGUGUCAACCUUCAUGUUAAAAUCUCCAAGGACCUCAAAGAAAGCUUGGAAGUAGUUAACCAAGCUCAACUGGCUCUAAAUUUUGCUAGGCUCGUGGAAGAACAGGAGAAUAAAUUUCAAACUGCAGUCUUAGAAGAAUUACAGGAGCUAUCUAAUGAGGCCUUGAGGAAAAUUCUACGAAGAGACCUCCCAGUGACCCGCACUCUUAUCGACUGGCAGAGGAUACUCUCUGACUUGAAUCUGGUGAUGUAUCCUAAAUUAGGAUAUGUCAUUUAUUCAAGAAGUGUCUUAUGCAACUGGAUAAUAUAA